CGGGGCUUAGGCCAAGCCCGCGAAAGUCGGAUACUUUGUUGCCGCCGGAUGGAACGCUGAGUAGCAAGCCGGGCUCGGAAGGUUCCAUCGGGAGACGAAGCGGCCACGUGGACGCCAUGGCGCAGCUCCGGGUCACCGAUUUCUUCGCGCAGAACAAGAAGGGCCCCGCGGCGGGCAGCUUGAGCGCCAAGCGCCGGAAGGUACAAGCUGAUGGUGCCCCCGAGCCCCUGGAUGCCGGCAAGCCCGAGAAGAAGAAGGAGCAGCAGCAGGAGGAGGAAGAGACGGGGCCGGGCCUCUUGGAGCCUCCUCGCACCCCGCUCGGCUCCAGCUGCCCGCAGCCCGCGCUGCCCAGCAGCAGCAGGAAAAGGCGCAGGCCGGAGCCCGAGGCGGAGCUCGCGCCGGUCUCUGCCCAAGGCCGCCGCCGUCUCGGUGCGAAGGGCACCGCCCGGAAGACGCUGGUGAUGCCCGCGGAGGAAAAAGGGGAGGCGGUCCCAGGCUUUGCUUCCCCCACAGCCCUUGGGGUACCCAGCCCCUCCAGUCUGGAUAAAAAGGCAAAGGAUUUGGCCAAUGUGACUCUUUCACCAGGUCUGCAGCUGGAGACCACAGUGCAGCCUGGCGUAGUGCCGGUAGAGAAGGAGAUGGUGUCUAAGGAGAAGUUGGCGGAGCUGAGCGGUCGUCUGGCGAAGAUCCGGGCCCUGGCACAGAAAGUCACUUUGCCAGCCAGCUCCUCAGAGGCUGACGGUGACAUAAAGAGCAGAUUAAAACGGGCUCGGCUGCUGGAAUCCAAAAUCAGCAAGAGGAAAGAGGCUGAGAAGGAGAAACUGAGGAACCUCCCUCAACUCCAGCUGGGCGAAAGCAAUCCUGAGCCAACAGCAGAGACCAGUGCGAAGGCUCCAGCCUUCCAGCGCUUCCACAACCUCGCCCAGGACGUCCCCCCGGGACUUGCGCUGCCUUACAAGUACAAGGUGCUGGCUGAGAUGUUCCGCAGCAUGGACACCAUCGUGGGGAUGCUUUUCAACCGCUCGGAGACGGUGACCUUUGCCAAGGUCAAGCAAGGCAUCCAGGAUAUGAUGCACAGGCAAUUUGAAGAACGGAACCUGGGUCAGAUCAAAGCUGUGUAUCCAGCUUCGUACAUCAUGCGCCAGGAGAAGAACAUUCCCACCUUUGGCACUCCCGGUCAGAAGAGAGGCGACUACCAGCUGACGAUCGAACCCGUGCUAGAGGCAGGAGAGAAGCUGUCGGCAUCGCACCUGAUGCAGCGUCGGAAAAUAUUUGGCAGGAACUUGGUUAACAUCGUAAAAGGGCACCACAAGACUUUCUUGGCGUCUCUCAACCCUCCGAUGGUGGUGCCGGAAGACAAACUGACAAGGUGGCAUCCCCGGUUCAAUGUGGACGACGUGCCUGACAUUGUCCCUGCGGAGGUGCCUCAGCCCCCGCAGGUGGACAAAAUCACGACUGCUCAAGAGGUGCUGGCCAAGGCUCGCAGCCUGAUGACGCCCAAGAUGGAGAAGGCGCUGGCCAAUCUGGCUCUGAGGACCGCCGAAACCAGCCCCUCUGUGCCGGAGUCCCCUCAGCCACCCCCGCCAGCUCCGACUGGCACCCCCAGCAGCCUGAAAGGGGUGUCGCAGUCCUUGUUGGAGAGGGUCAGAGCCAAGGAAGUUCAAAAGCUGCAGGCGCUGAUGGUGCGGAACCCGCAGCAGGAGCGGCGCCUGGACAUGCUGUCGCGUCUGCCGGAGAUGGCGCGGGUCCUGCGCAACGUCUUUGUGGCGGAGAAGAAGCAGGCGCUGCCCAUGGAGGUGGCGUGCCAGCGGAUGAUGGCCAGCUACCGGUCCCUCAUGACGUUUGGAGAGACAGAAAAGCACCUUCGUCUCCUCUCAGAGCUGCUGCCCGACUGGGUGAGCGUUCUCCCCAUCCGGCAAGAAACGUACAUCAAGCUGGACAAAAGUGUGGACCUCAACAUUGUCACGGAGAGACUGGCCGCAAGGGCAAAGGAAGAGGAAAGGCUCUAAUCCAUGCUGCAGGAUGGGGGGAGAUCAUGCCUUAGGCUCAGCGUCAUCAUUGUGUGCCUGUUGGCGCAAUCUCUCUUGGGAAAGGACCCCGAUGGCCAGAGACGUGUGUGUCAUUUUCUCUCCUUGCAGCUGAUGCAUGAAUGUGAGCAAAAUGUGAAUAUUGUGGCUUUUUCAGAAUUAAGAGGAUAUGGCACCUCUCCUUCCUUCCUUCCCUCCUCGUUUUCUAAGUGCCAUCCUGGUGCCUGUGUAGCUGUUACUGUUCUGUAAGGCCACAAGAGGGCAGCACAUACAAACCAAGAAAUUCAGUUUGAUUGGCACAUCACAACAAAGUACCAAACUUUUCGCCUUCGUGCAUUAAAAAAGUUCUUUGUCAGCACCGCUUUCCCACUUGCCAGAUUUGCUGAACAGAAAUAGAGAAUGACGCUGCAGGACCACAAAGCUAUUACUCCUUUCAUGACUAGCAUUUCCAUUCCCUCAUCUGGCAGGAACGGGUGGGAGCUGCCUUUUUCCACAAAGGGAGUUUCAGUUCCUCCAAGACUUGGUAGAUAGAGGACAUUAAAAGUACUUUAAAAAAAAAUUGGUUGUAAAACGUAACUUGUAUAUGAACCUUAGCAAUAACUAUUUAUUGAUCAGGAGGAGCUUGAAAUGAGUGAUUUUUAACUGGUCAAGCCAUUUAGUUGACAUUUUUGUCUCUUAGCUUCAGUAAAAGGGAUUGAGCCAAGA